ACUCACCUAACUUACUCUUCCUGACCUUUUUCUUUGUAGUGUUGAAGAGCAAGGGGUCUCUUGACCGCUGUACCUGUAGGAGAAAAAUUACAGCAAAAGCAUAGCAAGAACCAUCCUGGAUUGGACUAAGCUCCAUUUGUAUAGUUUGGCAUUAUGUUUUCUUCUUUGAAGUAGACAACUCAGGAAGGAGCAAAAGCAGAAUGUGGAGACAACAGUCCUACCGUUCAUUUCCCUAGAGAAGAAUCACACUAUGAAAGGAUCAUGUAGUAAUCCUGGCAAAUCACCACCAAUUCUUCCAUGCACCCAGAUGCAUAUCCCUUGCGAACAUGGGCAUUUGCCUGCUCAUCACUUGCUGUUUGGCAGACUACAAUUUUUCUUCUUACUCCAAGCAAACCAGUAGAUCAGCUAGCCUGCAAUGCUCUUAGCCCUCCCUACUAUUUGUCUCCCUCUCUCUUACUGAUUUAUUCUAGUUCUUACAUCUCUUUUUUCCUGUGCUAGAAAGACUCAAGACUCAGCCAAGAAGGAGUGAUUCAGAGAGUCAGGCAGGAGGACAACGGUUGUUCUGCUCAUGUUUUUCAGAUGCUCCUCCUGUCUUCCCCAUUGUGGUGAGCGCAGAGAGGGAGAGGGAGCAGAUCUCCUGAACAAGUGGAGAAAAGAGUGUGUCUAUGUGAAUGCAAGAAGGGAGUGCAUAGCAACACAACUCCACAAUGAAGAAGAGCCAGGAACACCAUUCUCAGAAGCCAAUUCCAGACCUGUUAAUGACUCCAAGUGAUCAAGGGGACGGUGACCUACAGACUGAAUUCCCUGAAGACAGAGGGAAUUGGACGGGCAAGCUAGACUUCCUUCUGUCCUGCAUUGGCUACUGUGUUGGACUGGGGAACGUCUGGAGAUUUCCAUACCGUGCUUAUACCAAUGGGGGAGGAGCAUUCCUUGUUCCCUAUUUUAUCAUGUUGGCUAUAUGUGGGAUUCCCAUCUUCUUCAUGGAGUUGUCACUGGGCCAGUUCUCAAGCCUGGGUCCUCUUGCUGUUUGGAAGAUAAGCCCACUCUUUAAAGGUGUUGGCAUGGCCACAAUCCUGAUUGUCUCUUUAGUGGCCAUUUACUACAACAUGAUCAUUGCUUAUGUUCUCUUCUACCUCUUUGCCUCACUGACAAAUAACUUGCCCUGGCAGUACUGUGGCAACUGGUGGAACACAGACCUGUGCUUGGACCACCAUGUCAUGCGCACUGGGAAUGGUGUUGUCCCUCUCAACCUCUCUAACACUGUCAGCCCAAGUGAGGAGUACUGGAGUCGCUAUGUCCUGCACAUCCAAGAGAGCUCAGGGAUUGGGGAUCCUGGGGCAAUUCGCUGGAAUCUGUGUCUAUGUCUCCUCCUCGCCUGGGUUAUUGUGUACCUCUGUAUUCUAAAGGGAGUAAAAUCCUCUGGCAAGGUUGUGUAUUUCACUGCCACUUUUCCUUACCUCAUCCUGAUUAUGCUCCUGAUUCGUGGUGUGACCCUGGAAGGAGCCUGGUUAGGAAUCAAAUUCUAUCUUACACCCCAGUUUGACCUGCUGCUGUCUCCCAAGGUGUGGAUUGAAGCAGCUUUGCAGAUCUUCUACUCUCUUGGGGUGGGAUUUGGGGGACUUCUUACGUUUGCAUCAUACAACACCUUUCACCAGAAUAUUUACAGGGAUACAUUUAUAGUCACAGUGGGCAAUGCCAUCACCAGUAUCUUAGCUGGCUUUGCUAUCUUCUCUGUUUUGGGCUACAUGUCCCAAGAACUUGAUGUCCCUGUUCAAGAAGUGGCCAAAGCUGGUCCAGGGUUGGCUUUUGUGGUCUACCCACAAGCCAUGACAAUGCUUCCUCUUUCUCCUUUCUGGUCUUUCCUUUUUUUCUUCAUGCUGUUAACUCUUGGUUUGGACAGUCAGUUUGCCUUUCUGGAGACCAUAGUCACUGCUGUGACUGAUGAGUUCCCCUACUACUUGCGUCCAAAGAAGGCUUUUUUCUCAGGGGUUAUUUGUGUCACAAUGUUCCUGAUGGGACUCAUUCUCACAACAGAGGGUGGAAUGUAUUGGUUGGUGCUGCUGGAUGACUACAGUGCUGGCUUUGGACUCAUGGUGGUUGUCAUUACCACCUGCCUGGCGGUCACUCGUGUAUAUGGCAUGAAGAGAUUUUGCCGUGAUAUUCACAUGAUGCUGGGUUUUAAACCAGGGAUAUACUUCAAAGCCUGUUGGUUGUUCCUGUCCCCAGUAACAAUGAUGGCUUUGCUGGUGUACAGUAUAAUCAAGUAUGAACCUUCAGAAUAUAAUGGCACCUAUCGUUUUCCCUUUUGGGCUGAGGCCCUGGGCAUCUUGAUGGGACUUUUCUCCUGCCUGAUGAUCCCCAUAGGGAUGGUUUUUGCUGUGCUCAAAGAGGAAGGGACACUCUGGCAGAGAAUCCAGCAAGCUAGCAGGCCAGCCAUGGAUUGGGGUCCUUCCCUGGAGGAGAACAGAACUGGAAUGUAUGUGGCCACUCUGGCAGGAAGCCAGUCACCUAAACCUCUGAUGGUCCAUAUGAGAAAAUAUGGAGGGAUGACCAGCUAUGAGAACAUAGCGUUUCAGAUAGAUAAAGAGAUUGAAGAAGAGGAAGAGGAGUCCAUGAUGUGAUGAGACAGUCUUCCUUGCUCAGCCCAUCAAACUAGAUGUGGAAGAAAAAUGCAAGGAGGAAACUCCUGAUUUUUUUGCGCAAAGUUGCACCUUGGUUGGCACACUUAAGGCCAUUUGGGAGCCUUUUUCCAGGCUCAUCCAAAAGCUGCUGACUGUUUAGCAUCUCACAGCAGUGAAUUCUGCUGAGAAUCCCAGUGUUGUUGAGUUUUUUGUUCUAUGUGGAGAGAUGUGCAAUGAACCUGUGUCUCAGUGCUCUAGUUGUACCUGGUACAGGCCAGGGAUUCGUAUUGUCCUUUCCUCUCCCCAGUUAUGGUUUCUGUGACAUAGUGGUAAAUUUUGAAGUGCAGGUGCUCACCAUGAUAGCUUCCAUAGCUGUGUCCCAGGAGUCCAAAAAUAUGAGCAGCUGAGGUGAUCUAUUUUAACAAAUCCAUUCCAACAGUUUUAUCUCCUGCCCGCCCCUGCCUCCACCUCCAUGCCAAUAAAAGCUAAUGGGUUUUAAUGUGUCAUUCAAAGCCAAACUACCACAAAUUUCUUUGCAUUAGAAAGCUCACAAGAAUGUAUUGUUGCUAGAAGGAAAAUGAUGCCUGCUCCCCAGUUACUAUGUGGAUUAGAGUUUCAUUUAGAGAGAAAAAUGAAGCCUGUGAUGGAUGACAGAAAACAUAAUUGUCUCUGCACAUAAUAGAAUAAUAGAGUUGGAAGAGAUCACAAGGACUAUCAGUCCAAUCCUCUGACAUGCAGGAACACAUUUGCCCUUUUGUUGAGGCAUGUCCUGGCUCUAUACAUAAAUGUAUGGAUUCCUCAGUAUCCCAUAUACAAUAUUAUAUACAGAUCCCAUAUACAGGUUGAUUAUCUCUUAUCCAAAAUGUUGGGAACAAGAAGUGUUUUGUAUUUCAGGUUUUGGAAUAUUUGACUUUAUAUACAUGUAUAUGAUGAGAUAACUUGGAGAUGGGACCCAAAUCUAAACACACCAUGUGUUUCUGUUUCAUAUAUACCUGUUACACAUAGCCUAAAGGUAAUUUUAUGCAAUAUUUUAAUAGUUUUGUAUAUGAGACAAGGUCUGUGUACACUGAAUCAAUAGAAAGCAAGUAUGUCAUAUCUUAGCCACCCACAUGGCUAAUUUUGUAUUUCAGA